AUGUGGAAGUAUCCGUUCAAGAGUCUUUUUCUUAGCAGAAAUAAGUUGUUAGUAUUUCGUGUUCAAUUUAGCUGGGUAAAAAAAGGUAGCUUAAUACUUUCUGAAUAGUUUAAUCGUCCUUGCCUUCAAAAAUUUUAUAAACAAAGUUAAAGUUUAAUAAAUAAAUAUGGGUGGAGGUCAUCAUGUUACCCCUCCAAAAAUACCUGAUUAUCGAAUCUAUAAAGUGGAAGAUAUCCCUCAUCUAAUGCGAACUAAAUUGAUGUUGGAAAAGCAAGGAUUAAAAGAUCCUUGGUUAAGAAAUGAAGUUUGGAGAUAUCCACCAGAAUCCCAACUUGGAAUGUGGGGUCCUCUGAGAGAGGUAAUCUUUCGAAAAGUUGGACUUGGAUUUGGGUUAGCUGUUUUGACAAUCAUUGGAGAAAAGAUAUAUCAUCACUACUAUCCUCCAAAAGAACACCACCAUCAUUAGAAAUUUAAUGAUAAUUCUUUUUUUCAAUAUAUGUUUUUAAGAAUAAUGAAAUUUGUCAUAUAAGCAUAAAUAUAAUGAAGUGUUUAUUUUGUUGCUUUAAAUAUUUUUGUUUUAUUAGAAUAAAACUUCUUGUUUGUGAAAUUAAUUUA